AUGUACGAUCAAACUGAAGUGGAAUAUCUUGUCAAUCUAAUAAUCAGUACACAGAAAUCAGCAAAAUCUUCAUUAUCCUAUAAAGAUUAUCGUAGUUCAUCGUACGAUUCACGUUUUCCUGCAUCCACAGUCCCAUCACUGGAGGUACCAACAGAGUCUUCCUCCUCCUCAUCCCUAAGUUCUCCUCGUCAAAAAAUCCUUAUAUGCGGUUCCCCAGAUGAUAUAUCACCAUGUUUAGACUAUGCCAUGACAGCCAAACCUGGAGAAAUUGAUUUUUCCUCUUUGAUUAUUGCAAGCAGUGAUAUUGAUGAACUGAUUGCUAACUAUUUUGGAAAGAUUAAAAUCCAUCUUGUCAAUUGGGAUGAAACAGACUAUGAAGAAAUGUUAAUUGAACGUAUUCGACCACGAUCAGAUGAUUUUAUAAUCCCAUUAGUUAUUGAAUUUCAACCAACAAUUAGAAGAAUGAAACGAAUUAGAGAAUUAUUAGAAAAAGAUGGUACAUUAGUAAUACCAAGUGAAAAUCCUACAUGGCGAAUAAAGCAUACAAAUUUAAUGAAUAGUUUUACAGAAAAUAAUGGCACAUUGAUUAAAUUAGCUGAGAAUGUUUUUGAUGCUGGUUUUACACGUCAAAUUGAUUAUCUAUUAGGCAGAAGACAUAUGCAUUCUCGGAUAUAUUUUGGUUAUGAAAAACCAAUUGAAUCACCGCAGAAAUGUAUUGAUUGA